AUGUUUGCUGCAGCCGGGGAGUGGGAAGCGUGCGGCGAUCGCUUCUACGAGAAGCACGAGCUCUACACCAUGGCAUGGUCAGACGUCAAGCUCGAUCAGAUGAGGGUGGCAUGCGCGCGCUAUGGCGGCCCCAUCGCGAUGGUGCGCGACGACAGGAAGCUGGUGGUGGUGUCCGGGGGCAUCACAAAGCCGGUGGUCAGGAUUUUCACGGCAGCGGGGGAAACGCUGGCGGCGUUUCUGUGGGACCAUGGGCGCAUAGCUGGCAUGGGGUGGACCAACGAGGAGGACCUUCUCAUCAUUGAGGAUGGCGGCGAGGUGCACAUGUACAGCAUGCACGGGCAGAAGCUGCCGCGCAGCUUCUCGCUGGGCGCUGAGGUGGCGGCCGAGCGCGUUACGGACUGCGUCGUCUACGGGGAUGGCCUGGUGGCGCUUACGGGCGCGCACCGGCUCUGGACGGUGUCUAACCUGGAGGAACCCCGGCCUCAGAAGCUUGCGCUGAGCGGACUCACAGAGCCGCCGCACUGCUUUGCAGUGAUUGAACCGCGGCACACGCUCAGCGGCUGCGUAGAGGUUUUGGUGGCGGCUGGGGAGUCAGUCAUAUUGGUGGAUGCAGACGCGGCAAACGAUGCGGGCCUGCCCAACGGGCCGGUGACCAAGCUGUCAGUCGCGCCCAACGGGCAGUUUGUGGCUGCUUUCACGGGCGAGGGCAAGCUGGUUGUGUGGACUGCUGACUUUGGCAAGUUCCUGUCGGAGUUUGCCACGCAGUCUGACACGCCGCCAGAGCAGGUUGCCUGGUGUGGCACAGACUCUGUCGUCCUCUAUUGGGAGGACAUAUUGCUGCUGGUUGGGCCCUAUGGCGACUGGGUGAAGUACAGUCUGGAGGAGCCCGCUGUGCUGAUGACCGAAUGCGACGGGGUGAGGCUGGUGAGUGACACCACGCAUGAGCUGCUGCGGCGGGUGCCGGACUGCCUCGCGGAUGUCUACAGGGUUGGAUCUACCGCACCAGGCAAAUGCCUUCUUCUUUUGCUUGCCUACCUCUGGGCGUUGCUGUACGACGCGCGCGAGCUGUUCGACCAGCAGAACGCCAAGGCGGACGAGGGGCUGCGCUCGAUUGUGACAUCUCUGCCGGAGGCGGUUGCCACGUGUGUUGACGCUGCACAGGCUGAGCUGGACGAGGGGCGCCAGGUGGCGCUCAUGAAGGCGGCAUGCUACGGCCGAGCGUUCUGCGCCGCGGAGGCGUUCCCGCGCGACCGCAUAGUCACCGUCUGCCGCCAGCUGCGCAUCCUCAACGCCCUCCGCGCGCCAAACGUCGGCCUGCCGCUGACGGCCGCGCAGGCCGAGGCGCUCGCGAUGCCGGUGGUCGUGUCGCGGCUAAUCAACGCGCGCCGGCACCUGCUCGCUCUGCGCAUCGCCACUCUGCUCGGCAUGGGACCCGAGAAGGUGCUGGUGCACUGGGCGUGCACCAAGGUGAGCGCGGCAGCGGACGUGCCGGACGCGGCGCUGCGGGACGCCAUCGCGGCGCGGCUGGCCGGCUGCCCCGGGGCGCGCUACGCCACCGUGGCCGCCCACGCCCAGGCCGUCGGCCGCAAGGGGCUCGCCGCUCUGCUCCUGGAGCACGAGACCUGCGCCGCCGAACAGGUGCCGCUGCUGUUAGGCCUGGGAGAGGAGGAGCGGGCGCUCGGAGCAGCGUUAGACAGCGGCGACGCGGACCUGGUGUACCUGGUGCUCUUCCGCAUGCAGCGCACUCUGCCGCUGCAGCAGUUCCUGGCCGUCCUAGCUGCACGCCCGGCCGCGCGUUCCCUCUUCAACGCCUACUGCGCGCGCACGGAGCCGGAGCUGCUAGAGCAGAUAAACAUGGCGACGGGCGUCUACGAGGGAGUUGCCGCAAUGCGCGUGCGAGAGGCACUGGCCGCCUCGGCCCGGCUCGGCCGCGCGCGCGCCGCGGCGGGCGGUGCCGGCCGGGCGGCCGAACCGGCAGCUGCGGAGGUUGUGCGAUUGCUUGACCGCGCUUCUGACCUCUAUGCCCAGACGAAGGAGCACGGGUUCCAGUCGCGCGCGGCUGCGGAGUGGGCGCGGCUGCGGCGGGUGCAGGCGGAGCUGGAGGCGGAGACAGGGAACGCCGCGCUGCUGGGCCUGAGCCUCGCAGAUACACUCCGGCAGUGCGUGCGCCUCGGCAACCACCGCGCGGCCGCCCGCCUGCGCGCCGACUUCAAAGUCUCCGAACGCCGCUUCUGGUGGCUGAAGUUGAAGACGCUGGCGGCAGCGAAGGAUUGGGAGGGGCUGGAGUCCUUCGCGCGCGAGAAGAAAUCGCCCAUUGGCAUUGAGCCCUUUGUGGCAGCUGCCAAGCAGCAUGGCGCGCCCGACGCCACCGUCUCCCGGAUAAUAGCUCGGCUGCCGGACGGGAAGCGCAAGGCAGAGGAGUACGCAGCGGCAGGGCUUCUACAGGAGGCGGCUGAGUGCGCGGCGCGCGUCAGAGACAACGACAUGCUGAGCAAGCUGCAGGACAUGAUCGGCACCGUCAGCCCCCUGGGGGUCGCAGUGAGCCAGCUUAAGGACCGGUUGCAGUCUGGCGGCAGGUGA